UCCGCCUGAAGGGUGGGACAAGGACUCAGGCGAGAAGUUCAGAGCGAUCAGGGCGGCUUCUAGCAGAGGGAUACUCCUCUUAGCACCCUGGAGCUCACAGACUUGGGAGGCUGCAGCUGACUCACCCCAUCCGCCUGCUCCUGGAAUACACAGAUUCAAGCUAUGAGGAGAAGAGAUAUGUCAUGGGGGAUGCUCCCAACUUUGACAGAAGCCAGUGGCUAAGUGAGAAGUUCAAUCUUGGCCUGGACAUUCCCAAUCUGCCCUACUUAAUUGAUGGCUCACACAAGGUCACCCAGAGCAAUGCCAUCCUGCGCUACCUUGGCCGCAAGCACAACCUGUGUGGAGAGACAGAGGAGGAGAGGAUUCGUGUGGAUACUUUGGAGAACCAGGUCAUGGAUACUCGCAUACAACUCAUGAUAGUCUGCUGCAGUCCCGACUUUGAGAAGCAGAAGCCAGGGUUCUUGAAGGCCAUCCCUGAUAAGAUGAAAAUCUACUCUGAGUUCCUGGGCAAGCGGCCAUGGUUUGCAGGGGACAAGGUCACCUAUGUGGAUUUCCUUGCUUAUGACAUUCUUGACCAGUACCGUAUGUUUGAGCCCAAGUGCCUGGACGCCUUCCCAAACCUGAAGGACUUCCUGGCCCGCUUUGAGGGCUUGAAGAAGAUCUCUGCCUACAUGAAAAGUGGCCACUUCCUCCCAAGACCUGUGUUUACUAAGGUAGCCCAGUGGGGCACUGAUUAAGGCCCCUGUCAUGCUGGCAUUCACAGGGAGGACCUGUACAUACUGUGGAUCCUGCAGGCCCGGGGUAGGGACAGCACCCUGUCCUGCACUGUGGCUCCUGGUUCUCUCUCCUUCCCGCUCCCCUCUGCAGCUUUGUCAGCCCCAUCACCUGACCCAACCUUUGAGGUCUGUCCUGAACUCAGGCUCCCUAGAAUUACCCCGAAGGUCAAUAGUCGUGCAGCGUAUUCCUGAUGGAGGAGCUGCCCCAGGUCUGUCUCAUCCACAAUAAAGCCUGAAACACA